CAGGUCACAGCCACCUCAGACAUUAGAUGUGAUGAAGGGAGAGAUGUCUCUGCUGGUUGAAUAACUCACCAGGACUUAUGAAUGAAAACACAUCACACACAGCGGGGACAGAGAGAGGGAGAGCAUGUUAUUGCUUUUGGAGGAUCCUGUCCUGGUGUAACUGUCAGAGCAUAAUGGUGGCAUUUAAAGGGAUCUGGACCAAGGACUUCUGGAGGGCUGUAUCUGGAGAGUACCUGGCCACUCUCAUCUUUGUCCUUCUCAGUCUGGGCUCCACCAUCAACUGGGCUGCAGGGGAAGAGAAGCCUCCCCCAGCUGACCUAGUCCUUAUCUCGCUGUGCUUCGGCCUCAGCAUCGCCACAAUGGUGCAAUGUUUUGGCCACAUCAGCGGCGGACACAUUAACCCAGCUGUCACCGCCGCUAUGGUUGUGACUAGAAAGCUGAGCCUGGCAAAGGGGUUGUUCUAUGUGGUGGCUCAGUGCCUGGGAGCUAUUACAGGAGCUGGGAUUCUCUACCUAGUAACACCUGCUGCUGUUAGAGGGUCCCUCGGUGUUACCACAGUGAACUCCAACAUCUCAGUCGGACAUGGCCUUCUCGUGGAGCUCCUUAUCACGUUCGAACUGGUCUUCACCGUCUUCGCCACCUGUGAUCCCAAACGUACAGACCUAGGUGGCUCCGCGGGCUUGGCUAUUGGCUUUGCUGUUGCAAUUGGUCACUUAUUUGCGAUUCCUUAUACAGGAGCCAGCAUGAACCCUGCUCGUUCCUUUGGCCCUGCAAUGGUCACACUUAACUUCGAGAACCACUGGGUGUACUGGGUGGGACCCAUCCUGGGGGGCAUACUGGCUGCUGGCCUGUAUGAGUACCUGUACUGCCCUGACCCUGAGAUGAAGAAGAAACUGAAACUGGUCUUCCAGAAGGACCCAUCGGGGAAAUACAGGGAGGUGGAGUCAGAGGACAUCGGCAUCAAGCCGGGCUCCGUCCACACCAUGGACCUGGAGAAAGCUGAGAAAAAAGAUCCUUUCCAGGACUCGACGGCAGAAGUGUUGUCCUCUGUAUGACUAUCACGUGCACUGGAAAUGGAGACUAAUCUGUAGACCAGAUAGAAAAUCUAACUUUGGAGCAUCUAUCUUGAGCCUAGCCCCACCCACACCUCCAAAGACGUUGUCCUCAUAGCAGAAAAUGAUUUCUGUCCAUGAGACUUUACAGCAGGGCUGAAUCACUCUCAUUGUCGUAAAAGCUAAUAUAGUAUGGUAUUAUGGCUUAAUCCCACAAACACCUACAGCCUGUUCAAUGCUUCUCCCGAGGCCCCUGAGUGUAGCAGUGUUGGCAUGCGGCGCGCACUGGACACUGCAGAAUGACAGCCCGCAAUACAUUGUGUUAAAGAAAAAUGUUUAGGGUCAAACAAUUAGGUUGGGUCAUCAUGCUGAACAGGAGAAGCGAAGAAGAAAGUGCAGCCUUGUUAUUUUUGGAUUAGUGUCACAUUUGGUCCAUGUACUGUAUAUAUAAUAACAGGAGAGAUUUUCCUUGUGAUCAUUAAGCACAUUACAGGUCCCAGGCAACGUACGACAGCUCUGACAAGCAUUAUUAUCGGAGUUAUAAUACGGUGCUCUCUAUUUUCAGUGCAUUUAGUCAGGGAAACAAGCAGUUCAUCUUUAUGGAGACAUCGUUUCUGUGAAGGUUUAUCUCUAAUUUUUCAUGUUCAUCAUUUAUAUUACUAUAUAAUGAUUUCAUUAAUUUUUUUUCUAUUUUCAUAAAAUGGUGAUACUUAGCUCUUUUUAUUUUGUAGAUCUAGUUUUGGUUCUUGUAACACAUUUAUUAUCUCUGUAUGAUUUGCUGUAUUUCAUACUCAAGUAUUUAAUUUAUUGAUAAGAUAUUUAGCUGAUCUGUCUUUGUAAUUUUGUGCUCAAAUAUCUCUCAGUUAUGCUCGCAAAAUGGAAGUUUCAGAAGUAUUUAUUUUUUCUUAUAAUUUCCACGUCAUGAAAGACUUCGCUUUGGCCCAUUAACGGGUUUGAAAAUGUGCAAACAGAAGAGCAGCACAAAUCCACCGCAACUUUCACAUAUUUAUCUAAGAAAUCUAGUGACCAUAGCUACGACGCUUUUCACUUUGAGUCAUUUGUUUCUGGUUCUAGGAGCUGGGAGCAUUGUGGGGUGAGGGAAGGUCCAGAUCAGUGAUGGAUUGGCUCAUCUACCUUUAGAUUAUGUCUCCCUAUGGCCAGAUAAAUGCCCAUAAUGUGUGUCCCUUUUGAGUUGAGUCUCUGGUAAUCUCUCUCCAUCAGCAGAGAGCACAGGAAAUGAUACCAUUUCGUGACACGAAAUAGAGGCGAUCUGUAAUGGCCACACUUUAUUUCCUUUGCUAAAGGAACAGGUGCAAUUCAAUGUGGAGGAAAUGAUCGACCCCACUGAUACUACUGCAUCAACUCAAGUUGCGUGCAAGGUGCAGCCAUAUUGCUUUUGCGAGGUUAGAAUGUCAGUGUAAUUCAGUUACUAAAUGAAAAUUGUUUUCACUGAUACAUGGAAGGACCCCCCCACCCAUCUAAACUUCUUCCCAAACACAGUGCACUUUUCUUGUGUUAUAACAGCAUCACCUACUGGCUAGAGUGUGAACUGCACACUGUGCAAAUAAUGCUCCCAUUUGUAUUUCUCCAGGGGAGGGCAGCCACGAGCCUUGGAUGUGCAGGUUAUGCUGCAGACAGAGGCAGACAAGAGUCAGUUUUAUUCAUAAGUCUGAGCCACAUUUCAUUUGAAAUUGGUCCAGGCCAUUAAUUCAGAGCUACACAGGAGGAUUAAGUGUUGCAUAGCUCUGUAACAGGGUCCCAGUACUCAUGUGGGAGCCCAGGAAAGUUAAUACUAAAGUACUUUUUCAUCAACCUUUUGUAUUCUCAGCAAUUUUCAGAAUUUUGUUAGAGUAUCAGAAAUGCUUAUUUUCACUGAGGCUGCCUAAAUGUAGUUGCAUUCCCCAUACUAAACUCCUGAACACUAGUAUUGCGAGAUUGUUUUGAUGCUAACAAAUGCUGUUCUUCAAGGCCUACUGGAGUUGAAAAUGGACAGCACUGAUCCUUUACCUGCAGGCAUGCUGCCCUGUGUCCCUUAAGGCUUCAGUGGCUCGAGACCAGCACCCUCUCAGCUCCCCUUAAUCAUCUUUAUAGCCAAAAUAAAUGAGUACAUAAAUUUCAUGCAAUGACUGUUUCCUCUUGGGACAGUGGAUGGGAAAGAGGGCUCUCUCAGAUUUGAUUUACUGGCUCUUGCUCAUCUUCAGAUUAAACAGAGGAAGACAGGUGAGGAUAGCAGUCUCCACUGGAUUGGACAUUUGGCUUUGUCAUGAAUUUCAUAUUGGUGACAGGGGGCCAAAUGUUAAAAAGUAUUUAUUACAUGUGGCUCCUGUGCACUUGUGAUACAUUUUCAAACUACUAUAUGAGCUGACGCUGGCAGGUGUCAAUUCAAUUCUGAGAUUUCAUUCGAAAAAUGGCGUCUCUGUGUGUUGACAAACUUCCAAAAGAUAGCGGCAGACACCUCAAUUUGCAAAAAAACAAAUAAAAAGUGACGGCCAAUAAUAGACCGACACCUUUUUUCAGCAGCUUGUCUGUUAACGUCUUUGAAAGGCUUAUCAGAAAGAUGUUAGGCAGAAACCUGAUAAUCCGUGGGCCGCCUACACAGAGGCUGUCUCCAUAAUUCAAUCAUUUACAUUCACACACAUUGCAAACACCAACAAUGGCUAUACGAUGUAUGAAUAUUGUUAUAGCCAGAGCUUCAUUUGCACAUCAUACAGAUGCCAGCAAAGUAUAUCUCAAAGUGCAUCUUAUUCUUAUCUAAAUGAGAACAGACAGAUUUCUUGCGACUUGAAAAUUCAGAUUCUCAAUUCCCAGCAUGCAACGGAAGGGGCAAAAGAUAAAACACACACCUUAAAGAUCAUUAGCAAUUAAUAUUUGGGGAUUCAUGAAGAAAAACAGCGUUAAACACUUGUUUAAUAAUUCAUACUAUAAACAAGAAAGUCUCCCACUUCCUUAAUAAUUUAGACGUAAGCUAAUGUUGAUUUAUUCAGGAAGGUCUCUGCCACCAGCACUGCCUGGAGUGCCCAAAUUUGAAUUAAAGUAGGACAGUAGCAGGCGAGUCUGUAAUAACAUUUGUAUAAUUUUAUUAUUGCUCUGGGCUCAGUUCAUUUCCUCCUCCAGUAGCUGCGUGAAAUUGUUUGAUUCUGGAAACUGCCUUGAGUCUGCGGCUCUGGGGUUGGAGGGUGGUACAGGAACAGGAAGGCAUGCGACACUCUCUCUCUCCCUCUCUCUCUCUCUCUCUCUCUCUCUCUCUCUCUCUCUCUGUGUGUGUCUGAUGCUGUCAGAAACACAGACACGCACACAUACACACAUGCACACAGAGAGAGAGAGAGAGAGAGAUAAAUAACUUUAUUAUUCUGGGUUCUGUAAUACUGUUACAUUGGCUCACUUAAUAACUCAAGCUGUCUUGAGCAUAUGAUUGAUAUUCUCACUCACCUUGUCACUUAUGAUAAAUAUUUUACUGCGUUUAUGUGAGAAAGCUAAGAAACGGAAUAACUCAUUCAUUACAUUAUCAAAUCAUAUAAAUAUGAGGGUUUGUGUUUACGUCUUUUGCCAGCAGAGAGAUUGCCAUUUCUCGCUAAUAUUAGUCAGAGAAAGUCACUUCCACUGUUUCUGUGCAAAAGAGUUUGUUUGUAAAGAAGCUGAUCUGAUGAAAUUCCAGCUUUUUGUAACUUUACAACUAAGAAAUAUUUCAUUUCAUUUGGCCCACGAGGAAGUAUUAAAGUUCAUAAUCAUUUUGGAGGUUUACUAAGCUA